ACAAGCAAACUUUCCCUUCAGCCUCAGUAUCACCCUCUGUUUACUAUUUGCUUCUCCGCUUUAGUCAGCCAAGUGUUGCUUCAAAAUAUGAACUUUUAGCUUAGAGACAGGCCAAAAAGACACAAAACUGCAAUGUCUAAAACACCAAAGAAAAAAGCGUCCUCAUCCAGCCUCGUCGCUUCUUCGCCAGGAUACUCUCCCAAAAAAGACUCAUCCUCGGCGGUGGCAAGUGCGUCAGAAGGGCCUGGAGAACAGAAGAGUCGAUUCCCUGUCUGGCCAGAGUGGAAUGACAAUGAGGUUAAUGCAGAGAAAUGGGAUGCAGUAAAAACCCCAAAAGACAGCAAGUUCUUUGAUGAUCAAGAAGGAAUGGUUGAACUUCCUUCCUCUUUAAAAGUUCACACCUGGAAACGUCCUUCUGAGUAUAUAAUUAAUAAGACUCCUGUUGUUGUGGAUAAUGAAGCUGCUUUUGACCUUACCUCAGCAAAUGAGCAUUUACUUUCAAGCGAGCUCAUGCGAUGGAUCAUUAGUGAGAUCUACAUUCUGUGGAAAAUCUGCAAUACAGGAGAGGACAAGCCCGUCUCCACGGAAACAGCUGCCAACCCUUGGAGACCCUGGGAACACAUCUACUCCCUGUGUAAAGUAGUUAAGGGUCAUAUGCCCCUCUACAAUGGCUAUGGGAAGUAUGUCAUUAAACUAUACUGGAUGGGAUGUUGGAGGAAGAUUGUUGUGGAUGACAUGUUACCAUUUGACAAGGACAACAACAUUCUACUUCCUGCUACCAUGAACCAAUCAGAGCUUUGGCCGAUGCUCUUGACUAAAGGCAUACUAAAGUUGGCCAGCACUGAUGUUCCGGUCUUGAGCUCCGGGAGGGAGUUGGGAGAGUUUACAGUCAUUCACUCUCUCACUGGCUGGAUCCCAGAAAUGAUUCCUUUAAAGUACUGGUAUACUGAAAAAAUCUGGGAGUUUUUGAAGGAAACUAUUCCAAAAUUCCAGCUGGAGGAAGAAGUAUCACAGGAGAAGACCACGAAUGCUGACCUCACGACUUCAAAGGAUUCUGAUGAAACGAGAUCAAGAGUGAAUCUCCCACAGAACCUAAGAGUAGAGAUAAAGAAAAUAAGGCUUGACAGAUUAUGGUGCCCUCUCCGCUCCAUUGGCCCUCAAAUGGUUGUGUGUGCUAGUUACCAACCCCUGCAUCUUUCGGAGAAAAGGACCUCAGUGCUUACCAAGAUGGCCGAUUCAUCGGAGAGUCUGAGGCUGUACGGCCUUUCUCAGCUCUACAGUCACCCAGUGCUGCUUACUAGUACUCGAGACUGUCCCCUGGUGGCCCCACCUAAACCACUCGCGGUUCCUAAUUGGAAGCUCAUUCGCCCCCGCAGGCAGACCAACAUUACAGAUGAACCCAAAGAACCCCCUGUUCAGAAGCCGGAGCAAUUAAUAGAGGUGUGCAGCCCCUUUAUCAACUUCCGACUGAUGACUAUGGCCGCCAAUGACAUGGAGCAGGGUGCUGUAAAGAGGCGUGGCUACAACUCAAAUCUGGCCUCCUUUUCUGAAAUGGAUGAUACCGAAGAGGACCAUACCCUGAAUGACAUCACCCAGAACAGUCCCAAUACUUUGGAUGCCCCUGAAAAUAAUGAGGUAACAGCAGAGGAGAAGAAAAAGGACGCCAACAUCGCCAACAAUGCAGAGAAAGCGGAGUCGACUUCAAAUCCUGAGAAAACGGGAGACGAAAAAGAUAAAGAGAAGGUGCAGACAGCCAAGGAAUCAAAUUCUGCACCGCUUCAGUCCCAGGAUUCAUCAGACAAACCCUUGCUUCAGGAAACCUGGGUGGACCUUCACAACUUCACCAAAAGCUUCCAAACGUUACUGAUUUUCCACAAGCCAGAGACGUAUGCACAUCAAUGCGCGUCAGUCCACUUUCAGAACUCUAUCUCCUCUCGACUGUCUAAUACUCCAUUGUCCAACGCUGUGGCCUCCACCCACUCUGUUACUGCUCCCGCUAGACAACCUGAUUCUACAGCAACUGUUCACACACAGUCUACAGAUGGAAGAUGUACUCACUUCCUGUUUGUGGACAACCUGUUACCCACAGAAAUUGUCAUCUGUUUCUCAGCAUUAACACAGUGGGGAGAAAGUGUGGAAGAGAAGAGGAUGUCUCCUCCCAGACCUGCCUUUCUGACAGCUAAGCCUUUCUCAUGGAAGAGCAUCGUCUCUGAACUUCCUGUGGUGCAGAUCCAAACCACUGCUAGCAAAGCUACAUUACUGACUCUACCUCCGGGACGUCAUGUUCUUCAUAUUCAAACAAGGUCUCCAUUGGCCAUCCAUUUACAUCUCUGCAGCAUGUCUCCUUUCGUGUUUGGUGAUGAGGAGACUGUUAUGCCACACCUGGACAAGGAGAGUCUGAGGUUCUGCGAGCAGGCUAAACUGACUCUGAAUGCUUUGGGUCGAGUUGUCAGCUGUUUCUCAGAUCCAGAAGAACUGCCAUCAGCCGCCAAAGAGCUUGAGAAGACACAUGGUGUAGGCAUACAGCAACAAAGAGUGUUCAAUGAGGCUGUGUAUCAUAUGUUCUGCUCUGCGCUGGGGCGGAAACUGACCUCCGAGGAACUCUCCGCGGUUCAGACUCUAACCGGAGACCCGUCACCACACGGCAGCAAUGAAAAAGCUGCGGACACGGCAUCAGAUGGCUAUCCUGAGGGAUGGAACGGCAGGCAGGCCACGGAUCAGGAAAUACAGGGGGCCACUGUUCUGCAAGCAGGAUGGAAGGGGUACCUGGUCCGCAAAAUCCUCACUGCAGCAAGACCUGGCACGAAGGAAAACCUAAGUGUCACAAAGACUCUGGAGGAGAUGUGGGAUUCUGUGGUGUCAGAUUUGGAGAAACAUGCCGUAGCUAUGCUGAGGCACAUGGUUGCUAAUGGUGAAGGAAUAGCAGAUCUGUACCCCUGCAGAGAAGAUGAGUACAACAGAAUAACAUUUACUGAUUUUUCAGUAGCUGUACCAGAGGUGACAAACUCCUGGAUUUUGAUCUUCAGGGAGGUGUUUCACGUUCAUAAGAACAUGCUGCUUGUUCCUAAGAUCUACUCCCCUCUUCCUCUAUGUACUUUACAUGUCAUAAAUAAUGACACUUUAGAGGAAAUACCCAGAGUCUUUAACCGAGUAGAGCCUCACCUGUAUACCACAAACAAGAGCGGUUACACAUUUGUAGCUGAGGCACAUGCUGGCAACACAGCCCUGACUGGUGGAAAAUGGCGCAUGCGUCUCAUUGGCUCCCGAGAACCCCUACCACAGCUGUCCAAGGAAACACCAAAUAAUAAUUUCUCUGUUAAAGAGUUGAAAGGAUACUACAUCCCUAAUAAAAAGAACAUCAUCUGCAGACACGUGGUUAAAGUCUCCACUGAUCACAACGCUACUGUACAGUUUCAGACCUCACAGUCAGAUGUCUAUAUUAAACUCAGCAUCCUAGACAAUGAGAAAGAAGUCAUAAGCAACCAGGGCAAAGGUCAUGUCAUCAUCCCAAUCUACUGCUUCUUAGCAAACAACGGCGCUUCUGUGGCCCAGGCGGGGGCAAGACAGGAUCAGGGCGGGCUUACAGCAGAAGGGAUCGUGACAGAAGGAAAGGAAGGGAGUGACCAGCACCCUGCGGACACACUGUUUCAUAAGUAUUGUUUACAGGCGGAGGUGUUACGGAAGAGCUGGCCUUUAGAUGAAUCGCUUGCCUCCUUCAUCCAGAAUCUCAGAGAUUUGGAGCGCAACGAAAUGAGAGUGUUUGGAGAUAUUUUGGAAGGCACGUCUGCCUCUGUUGGUACAGAACAACAAAACAGAGACAGCCAGAAAUCUGCUCCUAAAUCAACACACAAGGCCAAGGAACGAGAGAAGGACAAAGAUAAACUUACAUCCAAGUCAAGCUUCACCAUGGGCCAAAGUUUGGACACGACUAAGCCCUACUGGACCCUGCGUGUCGUGAGUGAUCAAAGUGAGGCCGGAAAUAUAGAAGUAAAGAAAGACACGGAGAGACUUGAGGAGAUUAGAGCGAUGAAACUGGCCUGGGAAAGCGCUGAACCUGGUAGAGCAGCAAAGGCUCAUCAGACCCGUCUGCGCUAUCUCAAAGACGUGGAGGAACCGACCACAGCUGAGACAGGCACACCUCAGUCCCAACAGAGUGGUGAGAUAAGUGCUCUUAAACAGAACAGAAUCGACAUUGAUUAUACACCAUUUAUCAGGAAGUCUUUGCCUCAGCCUCGUCUAAAAGAUGAAGUGCUUGAGGAAGAACAGAGAAGGGAACGUUCUGAGAGGUUCCAAAGCUUCCGCCUGAUCUGGGACAACAUACUGGAACAACGUAAACAGGAAAAAACUGCACGAAGGGAUAUGAUGAAACGUCAGCUGGAGACUUACAUUGGUUUUCAGGACGCUAUGGAUGAAUAUCGCCAAAAGAUGCUUCAGACUCGUGAUGCGUACCGUUCCCGUGUCUUGGAGGAGCAGUCUCAUAAGAAGAAAGAAGAGGUGUCCGUGGAGAUAGCCAAACAGGUGGAGCUGGAGAAGAAUCCCCCACAAAUCCAGCCAGGUGCACUUAAGAGUGGAGGCAAAAGGAAGUGAGCCAAUCGGUCAAAACUUUACAACACCGAACUUUUCAGUUUUGAACAAUUCAAUUAAAAUGUUAUCAUCUUUCCAGUAGAACGAUAAAUUGGUUUAUAAUGGUUUCAUUGUCAACCGGGGUGACACAAAGGAGACGCUGAUUGUUUAUGCACUUUUCAUUUUCAACCAAAAAAGUAACAGAUUGCAUCUUUACAGUUAAAAAUGAAAAGUGUUAUUAAUUUUCUAGCAGAAUGCAGUCUGCUAUUUGAUGUUCUGUCGUAAUAGAAAAUCUGUCUGUGUGAGCAUUAAUGCUUAAUAAAACGUGAGUCCUAUUUC